UAAUGGAGGAAGCUGAAAGGAAGAGAAAGAAGAUAGAAGAGGAGCAGGAGGAGGAGGAGGAGGAGGGUGAGACAGAUGAGGAGAACGAUGAGGAUGAAGAAGAUGUAGUUGUUCAUCUCCAGCUGACUCAACCUGAUCCUGGACCUGUUAAAGAUCCUACACUCCAGGAUACAGAGGAGUUGGUAAAAGUUGAUACAUCAGGCAGGAAUAUUGCUAGAGAUAUGUUGAAGGAAUAUAACUGGAGAAUGAAAAAUUGGAGAGAUGGAGAGGAUCAGACAAAGAUCAAGUUCAACAUUAAUGUCUGAGAAAGAACGGAGAAAAGUUCGAACACUCAUCCAAUCCACAAAACCAUGGCUCAAUCCUAAUCAAAUCUAAUCAUACUAAUUUUUAAUCUUCAUAUUUAUUAUGGAUUAAACCUUUUAUGUAGUUUCCAUAUUUUUCUGGAAAUUAAACCUUUUUUUGUAAUUUCCAAAUUUUUGAGGAUUAAACCUUUUAAUAUUUUAAGCAGGUCUACAAGAUCCAAGGUCUACAACAUCAGAUUGUAAAGAUUUACGGAUUCAAAUAAUGACAUGGUCAGGGACAAUCAGUUCUGGACUGAAACUCGAAACUUGGUUUAAGUCUGAUCUGAUAUGUUUCUAUCUCUACUCAAUUCGAAGUUCCGAUUCCGAACCUGACGUAUUUCAAUGAUUUAGUCCUAAAUGCAAAAUUAAUAAAUAUCAAUACAUCUGCAGAUUAAACAAUUUCAUUUAAUCCUAUUUUUUAAAAUCUAUGUUGAAUAAUGGGACUCAUAAAACUAUGGAAAAGGAAGACGACUUUUAGACUUAAGUUAUGAUUGUAAAAAUUCCAGUAAGCAUCAAACACAGUAAUUGUGAAUUGUUCACAGACCGAUUUACCUUACAUAAGCUACAUUUUAGGCCUUUGAGAUUUCUUGCAUGUCGUCUUCAUAUUUCACUGUUUUAUGGGUGUCACUGUAGUACUACAAAACCGACCUAAUUAGAUAUAAAAUAUUUAGUAAAUGUGUAUAAUUUAUAGUUAAGUUUAUGGUAAAAAUAGAAAUAAAGAAAUAAACAUUAUAUCAAGUCUAAA